AUGUCGAGUCAACCCCACACACAACAAAGCAAACCGAAGAGGCGAGGCCGCCCUCGGCCUCUACCCCCCGAUGUCAACGCUCGCAAUCUAGCACUGGAAAAAGGACGUCGAGAGGACAUGAAGAAAGAUCUACUUGAGAUGGCACGUCUAGUACCUGCCUUGGCGCCUGUCCGACGCCUUUCAAAAACAAUCAUUGUGAAAGAAAGCCUUCGGCACUUUAAGAAGCAGCGCGCAAUGUGCCUAUCUGCCGCAGAAGAUAUGCGAGACCUGGUCGCACAGAAUCACCGACUAAUCGCCGAACUCAAUGAAUUCCGCUUUCUGGCUGGCGAACAGAGUACAACGCCGUUAGAGUCCAAGCCCGUCUCAGAAGCCAUGGCCCAGCUGAUGAAUGUGCCCAAUGAAGUUUGUGGGACGUUUCCAGCCGGAUUUGGGGAUAACUGGGCUCAUGGAUCCCACGAUAUCCACCCUGCUCAGUCCGAUGACUCUUUCAUCGACCAUACAGGGUAUUGCUUGACUUCGGACGACAUACCCAUGGCAGUCGAGCCACCAAAUCCGCAUCAACACUUGAACGAUCAUGAAAUUUCAGCCUCGAAUUUACAUCUCGCCGAAUUCCCCUUCUCUGCAGAGUCGCUCUCCCAGCCCGCAUUGAGCUGUUCACUAUCCCCGCACACACCCGUCGACCUCACACAUACAAUAAGCCUCGAGGGACACAUACCGGGCCGGACCCAACUCGAAUACUAUAUGCCCUUUGAUACGCACCAAUAUCCGACGGUAUCACUAGAUACAAUGCCGGUUGAUAUUUCUACAGCCCUGUGGAUGCAGGGAAUUCCCAUGCCAGAGAGCGUUCAGUCCGCAUUAUGUGGAACCACAGGGACAGUUGAUGGAAUACCCAUUAUUUGA